AAUCCUACAAAGCAAACUCCAUGCCAAACACACAUAGAUCUACUUGCAUUCGUAUUGCACAUUGCUAGCUAGCCAUAGCUAACGCAUAUAAUUGCACCACUAUAUCAUCAUCAAUAUCACAUUUUGUGAUUGAUUUUGUGGCAAAGUGAUCAAGCUGCGUUGUUUGGUGGAUAGAUUUUGCUCAUCGAUCUUGGUCGGUGGGUCGAGGAGAAGAUGAAGAAGGCGUCCAAGUUCUUGAAGGACCUCUUCGCCGCCGUCGUCGCGGCGGUGAAGGCGAGGUCGACGGCGGUGCGCGCCAAGACGAGCGUCGUGAGGACGCGCCUCGUCGUCGUCGGCAUCCUCCGCAACAGGAAGCUCCUGCUGAGCGCCAUCAACAGGAAGAUCCACGCCGUCGUGAGCAGCGGCGGCAGCCAAGGCGAGUACGGCUACGGUGGCGGCGGCGGCGGCGAGGCAGCCACCGCGUUCAGUCACCACGGAGGCGGUGGCGGUGGCGCCGGCGGCGAGCAGCAGCAGCACAGCCUGAUGAGUGGCGUCCACCUCCUCGGCGGCAGCAGGAAGGCUGCUGUGCUGCAGAGCCUGCCGAGCUUCGUGUUGGAGCAGGAGAGGAGCGCCGUGGUGCUGCUCAGCAGCCUGCCGAGCUUCGCCAUGGACAGGGACAGCGGCGGCGGCGGCGGCGAGGAGGACGACGAGGAGCAAGAAACGGGAGGGAAGCAGCAGCAGUCGGUGAUCGAGCUGGCGCGCGGUGCGGCGGAGUGCGGCGGCGUGGAGUUCAGGCUGGAGGACGAGAUCGACCACGUCGCCGACGUGUUCAUCAGGAGGUUCCACGAGCAGAUGAAGCUGCAGAAGCUCGAGUCCUUCAAGAGGCUCUGCGAGAUGCUCGACAAGAACUAGCUUAAUUACGAUUAGUAAUUAAGUAAACUAAUUGCAUGGUUUGGGUCGGCCUAAUUACCAGAUUAAGGCAGAGUUUGAUAGAAUAAGUGACAAGGAGCCAUGCAUGCAUUAUUACAUAUGUAGCAUGUUUCUUGAACUGAGUGAGUGAUGGUGUACGUAGGUACUUAUCGAUGAUCCUUCGUUUUAGAGGAGAAUCGAUUGAUGUACCAAAGAGUCCCAUGACGGCGAUUAAUAAAGAUUCAAGAGACCAGGCUAGUUCUGAAACACAUAAAAAACUUCAGAAGAAACAACCGCUCAAGU